AUGGAAUUCCGCCGUAAAUGCAGUCGAUCUGCAAUGCGACACAAAUCACAAAAACGCCGUGCGAUGCCCAACCAGGACGUGGAAAAAGUCAACGAAAUUUUCAAAUUCCCGCGGAUUUCCGAGCAAGCUCUCAUGGAUGGAAUCCUUAAAAUUUCGUGUAUCGCUUCUUUUAAAAACGGGAAUCAACGAUGUUUUGAGGGCUCAAUUUAUGUGAAGGAGCUGUGUGGUUUGAGGAAUGGAACAAAGGUUUUCAAAUUUAUCGAAUUGGCUAAUAUUCGACUGUACAGUAUUGACGAGGAGGACGAGAUUCCCGAAUACGAUUGGAUUAUUUCAGUUUAAUUUUGCAUUUUUUUUUCAAAUAUUCUAAACUACUUUAGGUUUUUGAAGAACAAUUUUAAUCAUAUCCGGUGACUUAUUAUUAAAAAAAUUUGAAUUCGAACGACGUAAUAAACAAUUUUUUCAAA